UCUCCGUAGCCUCGGGACCCGGCGAUCUGCCAGUCACUGGACAGACAGACCGUUUCAGCGCCACCUACUCAGUGCUGAGUCUUCGGAAAGAAGAACGUCUCAUCGAUGAGAAUGAAUAUCCUCCCAUCGCCUCGGGACCCACCGAAAUAACAGUGACUACACACGCAGACGGGCUGAACUCCACCUACUCAUUUCUGAAACUUCCGGAAGACGAAUAUCUCGUGGAAGAGUAUGAAGAUCCUCCCAUUGCCUCGGGACCCGCCGAAAUGUCAGUGACUGCACAGGCAGGUCCGCAUAAAGAGCAGACGAACGAGAACAUUGGAAAUAGACCGGACCGUAAGAUCUGUCUACUCUGCCUGGUUACGUUCGUACUCUUCGCGACAGUGGUCGGGCUCUCGAUCCAUGUGUCACAGAUUCGUCAGUCUCAGAUCACAUCCGACAGAAAUUACCAUGAGUUAAACUCAACCCUUCAAUCCAAGAUAUCCGAGAAUACCCACCUGAAUUUCUCCCGGAGAACAUGUCUGAAAAAUCUCUCUGCGCUCAACUCUAAUCUAUCCGAUCUUAACCGAAUGCACAGCGAUCUCCGUCACAAGUUCACGGAGAUGGAAACGAAGUACAGAUCUGCCAACGAAACCAAGGCUCGAAUCUGUGAAUUGUUGACCAGCAGAAGAGUGCAAGCGUGUCCUCAGGACUGGAUCGAAAAUGAAGGUCGGUGUUAUUUCGUAUCCACCUUGGAGAAAGCUUAUGAUGUGGCCAGGGAACAUUGUUCAAACUUUGAUGCAAGGCUCCUCGAAAUAAAUUCAAACCAGGAAGAGAAGUUUGUUUCCAGUGCUGUCUCCCGAUACGUAUUAUACUGGAUUGGAAAAUGCGCAGACAGGAAUGUGGCCUCUGAUCUUAUGUACGAGUUGAAUUAUGGAUCGCCCACCUGCCGUAAGUGCGAAUCGCAAGGAUGGAGUUACAGUUCCAGUUACAGUUGCAAACCUCAGUGCCAUCUUUCCUACAGCUGGGAGACAAGAACUGAACACCGGACUCCAAGCGCGGACUCACCGACCUUUUCUGCGACUACAACGUCACUUCAGUGCGGUGCAACGAUGUAAAAUUAACGUAA